AUGCCGGGCCCGUUUUCGGUGCCGUUACUUGGGACGACGUGGCAAUUCAAGUGGAAGGUUGAGGAAUUCACCGGCCAGCUCCGCGGCUGGGGUGAGCACUACGCCGGUCUGGGCCACGGUGUCGUCAGGCUCUGGCUGGGCCCCAAGCCAUUUGUCGUGCUGAUUAAGCCCGAAUAUGCAAAGAUCGUGCUCGAGAGUAAUGAGCUGAUCACGAAGGGACCAGAAUACAAGCCGUUGCUCCCCUGGCUGGGCACUGGACUACUGAUUGCUACUGGUGAUAAGUGGAGAACUCGCAGAAAAAUGCUCACACCGGCCUUCCAUUUCCGGGUGCUCGAAGAUUUCCUGACAACGCACGACGAGCAGAGUAAAAUUUUCGUCGAACAACUCGAACGUUUUGCCGAGACUGGCGAGUCGUUCGAUAUUUUCCCGUACGUAAAGAGAUGUGCCCUGGAUAUUAUUUGUGAAACGGCGAUGGGCAGCUCGGUGUCGGCACAGACGAACCCCAAGCAUCCCUACGUCGUGGCUGUACAGCGGAUGAAUGAGCUGAUUUUCAUGCAGCAACGGAUGCCAUGGUUCUGGCUGAAGCCAAUCUGGUAUAUGUCGGGCUACGGUUUUGAGGCCGAUCGACAACUCGAGAUCCUGCUUGGCUUCACGCAAAAGGUAAUCGCCGAGCGGAGGGCCGACUUCGAGGCGGACCCGGCUGGGUUCGAGCGCGUGCACAAGAAAAAUGCGUUCCUCGACCUGUUGCUGACCAACCAGGCCGAUGGUGGCGGGCUGACCGACGUGGACAUUCGCGAAGAGGUCGACACGUUCAUGUUUGAGGGGCACGACACGACAUCGGCCUCGAUGGGCUGGACGCUGUGGUGUGUGGCACAUCAACAAGACGUUCAGAAGAAAAUCCACGCGGAGUUGGAUACGGUGUUUGGCAGCUCCAACCGCGACUGCACCGCCGACGACCUGAAGCAGUUAAAGUAUCUGGAAAGGGUCAUAAAAGAAAGCCUACGUCUUUACCCAUCGGUGCCAAUCUUUACACGCAUCGUCGAGAAGGACGUGGAAAUUGAAGACCUGUUGAUACCGAAGAAUUGCGUCAUCGGCAUCACGCCGUUGAUGAUACACUCGAAUCCGGCUGUCUACGACAACCCGGAGGUGUUCGACCCUGAGAACUUCUCCGAGGAGCGCAUCUCCAAGCGCCAUCCCUACGCCUAUAUCCCCUUUAGCGCGGGCCCCCGGAAUUGUAUAGGCCAAAAAUUUGCACUGAUGGAGGAGAAAACGAUGCUCUCAUGGUUCUUCCGGAGGUUUACCAUCGAGGCAGAUCAAGAUUUACACGACAACAUUCCGUGUCCAGAGGUUAUCCUCAAGCCCUCCCUCGGCAUCCCGGUGCGAAUUUCGAAGCGA